GGGAUGAGGGAGGGUCCCCCAAGUAAGAGAGAAACAUGCAGCAUGUCUGUCAAAGCUGAGAGAGAGAGAGGAAAUGCUGCCUGAAAUAACAAAGAAAAUGACUCACUAUACUUAAACCCAGAGAGUCAACUGGUGCGGUGAUCAUACCUCCUUUGGGAUACUAUCGACAGCUUGGUACAAGCUCUAUUAUUCUAUCUACACAUAUUCUAACUUCCAAGCUUAGUUCUCUGUAGAUACUUAUCUCACACUUUCAGUGCUGUUAAGACCAUGGCAUCCCUAGGAUGGUUUGUGGUGGUUCUAGUGGGCUUUUGGAGCCAGCUAAGCACAGGUCGGGGAGCUAAUAAUGGGCCUGGCAGAUACCGCUACCAGCGCAGGAACUGCUACACCUGCUUCUAUGGAUACAAUGGCUACAACACAGGACACAUGAAAGGUGCAGAUGUUGACGAGUGUCAGGUCCACAACGGAGGCUGCCAGCACCGAUGUGUCAACACCAGAAGCUCGUUCUACUGCGAAUGCAACCCAGGCACCCGCCUGUACACAGAUGGCCGGACAUGCAUCGCCGUCCACUCCUGUGCUGUCAGAAAUGGAGGCUGUGAGCAGGACUGUGUGCAGCUGUCCCCGGCUCACUACCAGUGUCGCUGUAGACCCAACUAUCAUCUUGCAGAGGACAGCAAACACUGCAAGUUGAGAAACCCCUGUGCAGACAGAAAUGGAGGCUGUGUGCACACCUGUAGAAAUGAAGGAGGGAGAUCUCAGUGUGACUGUCGUCCUGGAUAUACACUGGCACAGGAUGGCAAAAACUGUGAAGACAUCGAUGAGUGUGAGACAGGCCAAACUGCCUGUGCCCACGGUUGCCAUAACACCCAGGGUUCCUUUACCUGUGUCUGUAACCCAGCAUACAAGUUGGGUGCCAACGGCAGGAAAUGCUAUCGUAUCGAGAUGGAGAUUGUGAAUGGUUGUGAGACUGCCAAUGGAGGCUGUUCCCAAAAGUGCCAACACUCCGCCCUCGGACCUGUCUGCAGCUGUAACCAUGGUUACCAUCUGGACGAUGACCUCAGGACAUGUGUGGACUUGGACGAGUGCGAGACGGGAAGCUCGUGCUGCGAGCAGGACUGUACGAACUACCCCGGGGGUUACGAAUGCUACUGCGGGGCUGGCUACCGUCUCAACUCGGAUGGGUGUGGCUGUGAUGAUGUGGAUGAGUGUCUGGUAGUCAACGGAGGCUGUGACCAUACCUGCCAGAACACAGCCGGCUCCUUCCGGUGCUACUGUCGCCUCGGACACAGGCUAAACGAGAACCGUCUCUCCUGUAUUCCCCUGGAGCGGGCAGUAGAGUUGUUGGAGUGGAGCGGCCGCAUGGCGGUGAAGCUUCCUCCACCCCAGGUCACCCUGCUGAAUGACAAUUUCCAGCCGCUGGAGCGCUAUGACGACUAUGAGGAGGACGGCCUGGGAGAGCUCCGGGCCCAGAGCACCCUCACCAAGACCUUUGUGUGUCUAAACGAAACGUUUGGCCAUGACUGCAGCCUGACGUGUGACGACUGUUCCAACGGUGGUGUGUGUGACCUGGAGGAGGGACGUUGUGACUGUCCUGAUGGGUGGACAGGCCUUGUCUGCAACCAGACUUGUCUAGAGGGCACAUUUGGCAGGAACUGCCUCUUCAGCUGUAAGUGUAAGAAUGGUGCCACCUGUGACCCUGUGAGCGGGCACUGCCGCUGCCCACCUGGAGUCAGUGGGGAUCUGUGCCAGAAUGGCUGUCCUAGCGGGCUGUAUGGGAAACUUUGCAAUAAGAAGUGUAACUGUGCCAAUAACGGGCGCUGCCAUCGGACCUACGGAGCCUGCCUGUGUGACCCUGGGCUCUAUGGGCGUUUCUGUCACCUACCGUGUCCUAAGUGGGCAUACGGCCCUGGCUGCUCGGAGGAGUGCCAGUGUUUCCAACAGAACAGCCUGGAGUGCCACCGCCGCCAUGGCUCCUGUGUCUGCAAACCAGGCUACCAGGGCAAGAACUGCCAGGAGGAAUGUGACAGAGGAUACUAUGGCCUUGCCUGCAAGAGGACAUGUGAGUGUCCAUCAGAGGUACCCUGUGAUCAUGUGACAGGGGAGUGUCUGCGCCAGUGCCCGCCUGGUUUCCAUGGGGACAACUGUGACCUAGACUGCCUGAAGGGGCGCUACGGGGCUGGAUGUAACCAAUUGUGCCACUGCUCUGGCGCGCCAUGUGACAAGGUGACUGGACAGUGCCACUGUCUUGACGGUGUGACUGGACAGCACUGUGAGACUGAGUGUGAGGAGGGUCGAUGGGGUGUGGGCUGCUCAGGCUCCUGUCCUCACUGUCAGAACAGGGGAGUGUGUGACAAACACAAUGGAACGUGCCGCUGCCAACCUGGAUACAUGGGCACCCUUUGUCAGAGUGCCUGCCCGUUGGGUAGAUUUGGCCUGGGUUGCCAGCUACGCUGUCGGUGCGAUAACGGGGGGCGCUGCCACCCAUUGACGGGCCGCUGUGCCUGUCCUGAGGGAUGGACUGGACCCAGCUGCAGUAGAGCGUGUGAUGCAGGGCGCUGGGGGGUGGACUGUGCCAACGUGUGUCAGUGCCCAGACAACGAUGGCAGCUGCGACCUCAUCACUGGACAGUGUCGCUGUGAGGCGGGCUACACAGGACCACGCUGCCAACAGAAGUGCCCAGAGGGCUCCUUUGGCGCGGGCUGCAGACGCAGGUGCCAGUGUGCCAAUGAGGCGGCCUGUGAGCAUAUGGGUGGAGCCUGCACCUGCCUGCCUGGUUGGACAGGCACCUACUGUGAAAAACCGUGCCCUGAAGGAUUCCAUGGGCUGGAGUGUCAGCAGCAGUGUCAGUGUUCUAAUGGGGGGAGAUGUGACCACCUGACAGGGGCCUGCCACUGUCCAGACGGCUGGGUCGGAUCACAAUGCAACACCACAUGCCAGGCAGGGUGGUUUGGCAGUGGGUGUCAACACACCUGUGAGUGCUGUAAUAAUGCCAGCUGUGACCCUGUGAGCGGGCAGUGCCAGUGUAUGCCAGGCUGGACCGGCGCCAGCUGUGAGAAAGAAUGUCUAGAAGGCUUCUAUGGGAUAGACUGCCUGCAUCACUGCCUGUGUCAGAAUGGUGGUGUAUGUGAUCGUUUCUCCGGGGGAUGCUCGUGCCCCAACGGGUGGACCGGGGCGGCCUGUGAACUGGAGUGUGCCCAUGGCUGGUUUGGGGCGGACUGUGCUCAGCCCUGUGCGUGUCUGAACAGUGGUGUGUGUGACCGUCGCAGUGGAGAGUGCAGCUGUGGCCCAGGAUGGGUAGGACAGCACUGUCAGACAGCAUGUGAGGCUGGCCUGUUUGGCCCAGGGUGUGAGGAGCAGUGUCAAUGUAAACAUGGGCCCAUGUGUGACCACGUCAGCGGAGUGUGUGUGUGUCCUCCUGGCUGGAGGGGAUCUCUAUGUGACAGAGCCUGUCUACCUGGCUCCUAUGGGAAGGACUGUGUGCUACGUUGUAACUGUCCCCACGGCACUUCCUGCAACCACGUUUCUGGCGAGUGUGGCUGUCCCCCUGGAUUCACUGGCAAUGGCUGUGAGCAGAUAUGCCAGCCUGGCACAUAUGGGCUGAACUGUAACCAGGUGUGCCAGUGCUCUGGCACCAACCAGCUAUGCCACCCUGACACCGGCCUCUGCUACUGCACCCCCGGUUACCAUGGUUACAACUGUAAUCAAGAGUGUGACGUAGGACGGUACGGCCCAAACUGCGAGCGGCUGUGCCAGUGUAGGAAUGCUGGUGUGUGCCAGACCACCACAGGCACCUGCCAGUGCCUGUCUGGCUACAUCGGAGCAGACUGCAACAUCACUUGCCCAUCAGGGCGUUAUGGGCAGGAUUGUGCCAGGGUGGCUUUGUGUGGGGAGGGGGCACGGAGUGACCCCGAGACGGGCAGGUGUGUGUGCAAGGUCGGCCAGAGGGGAGAAGACUGCGGACAGGGUUGUGCCCAGGGUUGGUAUGGGGUGGACUGUGGCCAGCGCUGUAACUGCCGUAACAGUGGUGUGUGUGACCCAGUCUCUGGAGGCUGCACCUGCGGACUAGGCUGGACCGGACCCAGCUGUGACAGAGAGUGCCCCUUAGGGAGUUACGGGGCCAACUGCAAACUGCGGUGUGAUUGUAAUAACAAUGGGACGUGUGAUAGAGUGACGGGAGAGUGCCGGUGUGACCCGGGAUACUACGGUCACCUGUGUGAACACGCCUGCCCUGCUGGUUUCCAUGGCCACCGCUGUCAGUUCCAGUGUAAGUGUCGAGGCCACGCCCCCUGUGACCCCAGCACAGGGCACUGUCUCUGCCCUCCUGGUUACCAUGGCUACCGCUGUGAGAAAGAGUGUGAGCAGCGUCGUUUCGGGGUGGGCUGCAUCCGGUCAUGUGACUGCGAAGGGGACACUCCAUGUGACCACAUGACCGGCCGUUGUCUGUGCCCCCCAGGGAAGAUGGGCACGCAUUGCGACACAGAUUGUCCAGUGAACCGCUACGGCCCGGACUGUUCUGAGAGCUGUGAGUGCAGGAACGGGGGCGUGGUGUGACCCACGGAACGGCCGUUGCACCUGUCUACAUGGCUGGAUAGGACCCACCUGUCAGGAAGGAGGGUCCCUCACGUCUCCACAGCUGGGCAACAGAAAUCAAGAAAAGAAUCACUCACACACUGCCCUGCCAUAGCACCCCCUAUUGACUGACCCCCAGCCUCAUACACUGCGGCCUACUGGUCACUUCUAGAGAUCACAGAGCUCAAAACUCAACUGAAGCACUCUCAAAACAACAACAGACUGUUUUGUACAGAGAAUGGAGUGCUAUGGCAGGGCCUUGAUGAACUAAAGGGACUUCUGAACUGGAGAUGCCAUUUUGCAGAGUUGUCUAAUCGCAGACAUUGGAGUUCAAAUAACACACUACACUUGACAUCACAGGGAUGACUGUCCUAUACUUCAUCUUACAGGGUGGACUCUUAAAUGUACUCAAGAGUUAACAGACAGGGAUAAAAAAAUGUGGCUGCCCUGGACAAGAGGACAUUUCUGUGUCAAAUGCCAAAAAGGUUAAAGUCAUGCGAGGUUUCCAGAAUGAUUUACUGUAAAAUACAGUUGUUGAAUAUCAUGUACCAUGCUUAACAGUUGUGUAUUUGUGUGUACAUUGCGUGUAUGUUGUGUGUACAUUGCGUGUAUGUUGUGUGUAUGUAAAUGUGUUCAUGUCUACAAUUCAAUCAUGUUGUACGUAUACUCACGAUAUGGUAGUACCUCAUUGGAAGAAGUUAUUUGUUUGAACAUUGAUGAGAUUUGCUUUACGCUCAUACCAUUUAAAAAAAAAUGAUUGUAGUUGUAGUCAUCCUUACUGGCUUCUCCAAAAACAAUAGGCUACUCACACACAUGGGCCAUUUUAUUUGUAUCUUUGCAGCCACCAAUGCACUAUACAGACCCUUAUGGCACAGUUGAUUUAUAAAUAAGAAACAAUUCAGGAUAAUUUCAUCUGAAUGAAAUGCUCUACAGUAUUUGGAAAACCUGCACCAGGUGAUGAUGACUUGCACACAGGUCAAUAUGCCUUAGUCUAUACACCUUAUUUUACAUGUGUGUAGAUACUAUAUGAAGUGACAGCUUCUCAGAGAAAUUGAGGGAAAACUCUUUCAGUUUUCAAUAAAAAAUAUUGAUUAUAUGUGUACUGCAAAACACAACAUUAGACCACAUUUAGUAAUUAGACUGCAUUUGCUACAUAUCAAGCAAAUGUUAGCAAAGAGUAAAGGGGCCAGUCAUAUGUCAAACCCUACAGAUGCUAUACAUUUACCAAGCCUGAUCCCAGAUCUUUAUGUACAUUAGAAAACUCCUCUGACUG